CAGGGCACGCAGGCCAUGGGUAAGGUUGUAAGGGACCUUUACUAUCGGAAGGCGAAGGAGGUCGGCUUUCGGGCCCGCAGCGCGUUCAAACUCCUGCAGCUGGAUGAGGAGUUCGGUCUUUUCAGGAAUGUACAGAAGGCCGUCGAUCUGUGUGCCGCACCCGGGAGUUGGAGUCAAGUUUUAGCCACGCGUUUAUAUCCUGACGGUGCCUUCACUGAUGACAAAGGAGGUGAAAGAGAGCGAGUGAUUGCUGUGGAUCUGCAAGAAAUGGCGCCGAUCCCAGGUGUGCGUCAAUUGCAGGGAGACAUUACGUCUCAGGCCACAGCCGACACAAUCAUCGGGCACUUUGAGGGGCAAAGGGUCGAUUUAGUUGUCUGCGACGGUGCCCCUGACGUGACGGGUUUGCACGAUAUGGAUGAAUUUUUACAAGCCCAGCUAAUAUUCGGAGCGCUUGCCAUUACGACGCACGUCCUUGCAUCGGGGGGGAAGUUCGUCGCGAAGGUCUUCCGGGGCCGCGACUUGACCUUGUUGGCGGCUCAGCUGCGUCUCUUCUUUGAAAGCAUAACGGUUGCCAAGCCAGCGAGUAGUCGUGUCAACUCUAGUGAAUGUUUUGUCGUGUGCGAGGGGUUCCAGGGGCCUAUACCUGCGCAUGGUUACAUCCCUGAGAUGGUCACUCCCACAUUGGGACAAGGCAGUCGAGACCAGGCGGCUCAGACGGAGAAGGAUGUGCAAAGGGACGAAGAGGAAGAUUCUGGGAAGGAUCGAGCACUGAACAUUGCGGUCAGGUGUUACGUGGAACAGGGGGACUUGUCCGGUUUCCCAAUGCCUGGUAUACCGGCUGAUGUGUCUAAAGAUAGAUAGAUGCGCAUUAAAAAGGAAUACACUUGGUGUAUACA